GUUGUUGACUGAGCUCGAAUCUCCUUCUUGGUGGCCGUUUAGCAGCAAGCUCUGGAAAGCGCCCUCGGAAGCCAAGCCAAAGGAAACUGCCACAGUUUCCGAUUCGAAGAACCAGGAAGGAAUCAUAAUUAGAAUUCCAGUUAUUAUCACCCACAGAACAGACUCAAAUGUCAAGCCAGGAAAACUCACGCUCUUUCCUUCUGGCCUGGAAAUCGGUGACUGCAAUUCUCAGGUCAUCCACCGGUUCGAAUCAAAGGAUGUGGAUGAUAUCAGAGUUCACACGCCGUAUGAAAUCAGCGUCCGUCAGAGAUUUAUCGGGAAGCCCGACACCUCUUACCGGCUCUUGUCAGCAAAGAUGCCGGAAGCGAUCCCCAUUUUGGAGAUGCAGUUUAGUAAGAAGAUGCAGUUUUUAGAAGAUGCCCUGGGAUUUGUCGGCGCCAGGAAGUCUCCUCAGGUAGAUUUGGGCACCUCCAUUUGGCAAGCAG